CAUUGGUCAAUAUGCUACCCUCCAGUACGACUAGCUCACAAUAUACAAGCCUUGCUAAUUCUCCAAUGGGUCUAAGUUUCGCUAGCCACACGCCAUCGUCAUCAUCAUGCUACGAUCUGAUACAAGACCUUAACAAUGUGAGUAUACUUCAAAUGGUCAUACUGUUUCAGUUCGGCUGUGCAGCUGGUCUUACCAUUUUAUUAGUUGUGGGAAUUUCAAUCAAUCAGUGCAUUGGUUUUAUGCUUCUUCUCCUUGCUUUAUUAGAAUUUCUCAUUGCAGUUCCAGGAUUUGCUUAUCAUAUUACCAGAAAACAUGCAUUUUAUGUAUCAUACAUUCUAUUUCAAGCAACAACAUUAGGCAGCGAAGUUAUAUGGUUUGUAUAUGUCAUAACCAAAAAUACUUAUGCAGGCGCCGUUUUAUUAACUUUAAUCAUUCUUAUUCUUGUACAGACGGUGGCUAUCUUUGCUGCAACAUUUUUCAAAAACGUCAUUAUUUUGAACGAUGUGAAAGUCGUUAGAGACUAUCGCGAAAGUGUAAAGGUCGGCAAAGAACUUAAAGAACAACCUGCGUCAAGGACAACAUUAGCGUCAAAGAAGAUUUCAUUUAGCCCACUUGAGACUUCAAGCCGAACAUCUAAGCGUGGUCGAACGAGAUUUGAAGAACAAAAGAAACUAGCCUAUCAAAACCAAAAAGAAGCUUCGGUGAGUUUUAGUAAAAGCUCCGCUUAA